AAUAUAUGCUGAAUGCGCCACAUUAAGUUGUAAGGCAACGCUGUUGAGAGGUCGUCCGUUUCAUCGAGCUUUUUCUUUAUUUCGGUGAGGAAAAAAAGCAAGCAAAUUACAAUAGUAACAUGGUAAAACUCGCGUUCAACUCCUCUCUCGUCCAGAAGGAUUUGAAAAAGGAGGAGAAAGGUGAAGUUUUGAUCCCUCAAGAUGUGGAUGUGGAGGAUGGUCUGCGUGUCAGGCAGCAGUCCAGGGCCUGGUGCUGGUGCAUGUGUUUGGGGCUGGCCCUUAUUCUCUCCGGCGUAGUGGUUGGUGGAGCUUACCUGUACAGGUAUUACUUCAUAGAGGAGGAGAGGAUGUAUUACUGUGGGGUGAACUACCGUGAAGAAAAUUACAAGAUGCAGGACAGCCAUGAGGAAAGUGAGAUGGAUUUGCCGACCGUAUCAAAGAGGAUUGAAGAGAGAGUGAGGGUUCUAGAGGAUGAGGGAGUGGAGCUUAUUAACAUCCCAGUGCCCAAGUUCAGUGACAGUGACCCUGCCGACAUCGUUCAUGACUUCAACAGGAGACUGACAGCCUAUCUGGAUCUGCGUCUGAACAAAUGCUAUGUCAUUCCGCUCAAUACCUCUGUCGUGAUGCCACCGAAAGACUUCCUGGAGCUGCUUGUCAACAUCAAGGCUGGAACAUACCUGCCACAGUCUUACCUGAUCCGUGAACAGAUGAUAGUGACUGGAAAAAUGGAGCAUGUAGAUCAGCUGGGUUACUUCAUCAACAGCCUCUGCAGAGGGAGGGACACCUACAAACUGGAGCGUAGAGAGACUGUUUUUGGAAUACAGAAGCGCGAGGCUCUCAACUGCCUAACGAUCCGCCACUUUGAGAACAAUUUUGUGAUGGAGACGCUGAUCUGUGAGCCGUAGGGUGCAGAAGACAGCUGGGUAGCAAGAUAAACCACUUUGGACAAAUUCCACUCUGACCCUUCUUAUCCUUCCAUGAAACUUUUCCUGUUUUCCCUGUAUGUGUGCGUGCGUGUGAUUUUUCUGAGAUUUGUGUAUCUCUGUAUAGAAGCAAUCAAUAUUACAGAGAGAGUGAAUGCGACUGAACGCCUUGAGCAAUAUUAUGCAUAGAACUAUUUGUUUAGGUAAACGUUUUGACCCAUUUCUCUCUCCUAGUAAUGCAUUUUUCUGUAUUUGGGUUCUGUUAAGCAGGAAGUUUGAAGUAUCCAAGAGGGUUUGUAGGGUAAUGUAUGAUAACUAGUAAUACAUUGACCAUGGAAAGGGGAAGGUCUCAGAGGAUAGAUGUAAAAUGAAAUCUAUAAUAAUAUGCACUGAAUGUGUACAUUUAAAACUGAACUUCUGUCACAGACACCAGAUUAUAUACUGGAAGAUAUAUUUGACUAGGUGUGGUAUAUGGCCAAUAAUUACAUGGUAAGAACAUGCGUAGAAUUGAUUUUUGUACUAGUUACACUUUUUUUUAUUUUUAUUAUUAUUACAUAUUUUGCUCUGCUGUAAGUUAACACUGCUAAAUGUGUCUUAUGUAAGAAAUGCAAUUUAGGAGCACUACGGUUUUGGUUCCCUCAGAUAUUCUAAGAAACACAAAUCUAAAAUAAAUCGUCAAUGCAGACAAAAUAAGGUGUAACUUCUGCAUCAUUUAGGGACUGAUUGGGUCAAAUUCUGUAAAGAUUGUCCAAAUUUACUAAAAGGUUGAACAUUGAACAUCGGUUGGAAUGAUUUAUACUUUGUACAUAACCCAAAGUUUUAAUGUUAACAUAUUAACACUAAUAAAAAAAAUGGACCAUU